CUGUACUUUAUUAUGGGCUUUAAUUGGCCCAAAUAAACUAUAUGGGCCAAGCUUACGUGACCCAACAAACAACUUAGAUACUGUAUAAAAACACACACACUAUUUCUGGAUAAACCAGUAAAAAGAAGGAUCCAAAACCUUUAAAGCAAAGAAGUAUCAACCAAUAAAAUGACGAUGGAGCUUGUGUUCAUCCCGUCGCCAGGAAUCGGUCAUCUCAGAUCAACCGUCGAGUUAGCCAAGCAACUAGUCAACGGCGAUGAACGUCUUUCCAUCACCGUCAUCAUCAUCCCUCGAUCUUCUGGUGGCGACGCCAGUGAUUUCGCCCAAAUCUCUUCCUUCUUCACCCCGUCUCAAGAUCGUCUCCGUCACGAGACCAUCUCCGUCGCGGAUAAUCCGACUGGGGAACGCCUCCCGACUCAAGUCUACAUCGCCAAUCAAAAGCCGCAAGUGCGAGAUGCAGUCGCGAAACUCCUCGAUCCAACGGGAGUUAACUUGCCGUCUCCGCCGCGGCUCGCCGGAUUCGUCAUCGACAUGUUCUGUAUCUCGAUGAUGGAUGUAGCUGAUGAAUUCGGAGUUCCGACUUACAUGGUGUACACAUCUAACGCUGCGUUCCUUGGAUUCUCGCUUCAUCUCCAGAAGAUGUACGACGAGAAGAAGCUCGACACGAGCGAGUUGAGUGAGUCGGUCAACGACUUGGAGGUUCCGUGUUUCAGUCGUCCUUAUCCCGUAGGGUGUCUUCCAUACAUUUUCAUCUCGAAGGAGUGGCUACCAUUAUUCCUAGCUCAAGCAAGAAACUUCCGAAAGAUGAAGGGUAUUUUGGUAAAUACCGUUGCUGAGCUGGAACCUCAAGCUUUGAACGUUUUAUCACGUGAUGAUGGUGGUGAUCUUCCUCGAGCUUACCCUAUAGGACCAGUGUUGCAUCUCCAAAACGGAUCUCGCCAUGACGACGGCGGGAAGGAGUCGGAGAUUUUGCGGUGGCUCGACGAGCAACCGGCGAACUCCGUAGUGUUCCUCUGUUUUGGUAGCUUGGGAGGUUUCAGUGAUGAACAAACUAGAGAAAUCGCCGUGGCCUUAGAUCGAAGCGGUCACCGGUUUCUCUGGUCGCUCCGUCGUGCAUCGCCGAAUAUAUUGACGGAGGGACCCGGAGACUACACGAAUCUGGAGGAGGUUCUACCGGAGGGAUUCUUGGAUCGGACGUCGGAUAGAGGGAAGGUGAUCGGGUGGGCUCCGCAAGUGGCGGUGCUAGCGAAGCCGGCCAUUGGUGGAUUUGUUACUCAUUGUGGAUGGAACUCGAUGCUUGAGAGCUUGUGGUUCGGCGUUCCGAUGGUGACGUGGCCGCUCUACGCGGAGCAGAAGGUGAAUGCGUUCGAGAUGGUGGAGGAGCUGGGAUUGGCGGUGGAGAUACGGAGGUUCAUUAGGGGAGAUUUGUUGGAGGGGGUGAUGGAGACGGUUACGGCGGAGGAUCUAGAGAGAGCGAUAACGCGUGUGAUGGAGCAAGAUAGUGACGUCAGGAACAAAGUGAAUGAGAUGGCUGAGAAGUGCCACGUGGCGUUAAUGGACGGAGGAUCUUCGAAGACGGCUUUAAGAAAGUUUAUUCAAGACGUGAUCGAGAAUGUUGUGGUCUAGGUUCAUUGGAGGGGAAGUUGAAAGGAGACGGAGUUUUGCAUGUUCACUAUGAGAUGCUUUGACUUAGUUUCCCAUGUGUUCUAUAUGUUUACAUCUCGUGAAUUCGCCCCGUAAAUGGUUUACAUGCGUAUCAAAUGCAUUAUAAAACUAUUAA